CUUUUUAUGAAUCAAUGUUAGUAAAAUUAAAGAUUGAGCUUUUUUAAAUAAAGCUGUUGAUUAAAUAUACAAGCUUUUAUGAAAUUGAUAUGACAUAUCGAUUGAAAAAUUGUGUCUCGAGUUUCGACCGCGUGUGAUAAUUUAUUUAUAAAUACGUUAAAGUGAAUUUACAAAUUAUUAAAGAUCAGGUAUAAAUCCGUGAUUAAUUGAUAUGGCGUUUCACUAUACAAGCCAAUCCCAGUUAGGUAAGUUUCAUUCAAUAUGCCUCGGAUCUGACUGCGAAUACAAGGGCGAUAUUGAUUUUUCACGUUUAAAAAUAAAUGUCCGCACAGGGCCGCAGAAUUUUCUCGUUGGCGGCGGUUCUGAGUCAAUCGACUUCCGCGAUCCAUUCGGUACUAGUAACAAAAUGAACGAUACCACCGCAGAAUUCGUUUCAAAAUCAAACCCGACCACCUCCAAGGUAGUUGUCGAAGAUAACAAUAAAGACGAUAAUAGUCAAAGUCCUCCUCAAAAAUCACGGAAAGAUCGCCGAUUGGAACGAGGGUCAAGACGCGAUCGAAGGGAAUCUGAUAAAACUCGUGAUGACUCCGAUUCUAACCUCUCUAAUACCCCGGAAGUGAUUCCCAUUCAAAACGGGAUACCUCCGAAUGUAUGGGGUGGAGUUAUGGGGAUGGGUUAUCCGAUGGUUGGUGUAAAUAUGAUUAUGGACCCAAAUAUGAUGUCGAUGGGGAAUUACGGGAUGAUUCCUCCGAUGAUGGCACCAGAUCCGAAUAUUAUUCCUACAGAACCAAGUAUUAUUAUUAACCCAGUUAAAGAAAUUAUACAUUGCAAGAGUUGUACGUUAUUUCCCCCAAAUCCAAACGCCCCACCUCCGACUACACGAGAAAGGCCACCGGGGUGUAGAACAGUUUUCGUAGGUGGUCUCCCAGAGAAUAUGACCGAAGAAAUAAUUACCGAAGUUUUUGAACGUUGUGGAGAGAUAACUACGUUACGUUUAAGCAAAAAAAAUUUUUGUCAUAUCCGAUUUGUUUAUGAAGCAUCCAUCGAUUCAGCUAUUUUUCUUUCUGGGUAUCGAAUUCGUAUUGGUUCUAAUAAUGAUCCCCCAAAUACUGGACGUUUACAUGUUGAUUAUGCUCAGGCGAGAGAUGACCAAUAUGAAUGGGAAUGUAGACAACGGCAAUUACAAAGAGAACAACGGCACCGAGAACGAAUGGAAGAGGAGCGAUUAAGACCACCAUCACCACCACCAGUUGUACAUUAUACAGAUCAUGAAGCUUCGGCUGUUUCUGAGAAAUUAAAGCAAGAUGAUACUUUUACGAAAGCUGUGCAGAUUGUGAUAACAUGGUUAGAACGAGGGGAUUGCAGUAAAAGAAACGCAAAUACUUUUUAUUCGAUGAUCCAAUCGACGAAUUCGCAUGUUCGAAGACUACUUAAUGAAAAAACUCAAUACGAAGAUGAAUUGAUGAAGGCUCGGGAAAUAAUGAAAGGACGGAUGCAGGGGAUUUUAUUACAAUUCAGUCAAAUCGAGCGUUUGUUCUCGGCCGCCUGCCAUAAGAAGGUUUGGGACCAUUUCACCAAAGCGCAAAGAAAGAACAUUGAACUGUGGAAAAAGCAAUCGAUGGAGAUAAAAAAUGUUCAACUUGAUGGCGAAAUAAGCGUUGAAAAAGCCGAUGAUGAAAUGGACGUUUCCGAUGAAGAAGAAACAAUUAGGAAAAAACCCAGAACUGAUAUGAUUAAUCAAGAAGACGUACUUAGGGAGGAAAAUAAUAAUUUACGCAUGCAAGUUGAAGCUUAUAAAAAUGAGGUUGAAGUUGUUAAAAUGGAUUUAAAAAAAGAUAUUGAUGAAAAAGAUAAACAAUUUAAAAUGCUUCAACAAACCUUACAAGGGAUGCAACAACAAUUAAUAGAAGCUAAACGUAAACAAAUUGAAGAAGAAACCAAAGUAAAAGAGCUCCAAUUAAAAAUAUCAAAAGAAAAAAAAUCACAAAUCGAUAACAAUAUCGUUAAUUUGGAAGAUAAUGAAUCUGAUAAAGCUGAAAGUGUAUGUAGUAUUAAUGAAAGUUUAGAAACGAUUUCCACACAACCUUUAUCUGAAAAGGAAGCGAAGUUAAUAGGGAUUAUCUCAACGUUUCUUAACGUCCAUCCUUUCGGAGCCGGCUUAGAUUAUAUUUGGUCGUAUGUUAGUAAAUUAGAAACAAAUUUACGACCUGCCGAUAUCGAAUUAUUAAUGUCCAAGUUUCCCGCAGUCUUUAAACAAGAACUUGUGGGGAUCGGAGCUAAUAUUGAACGCCGAUGGCAAUUUUAUGCUUAUAAACAAGCGUAAAAAUAUAGAGAAUAUAAAUAAUUAUAUUGAAGUGUAUCCUUUAUUUUAUUUUUUGUGAUAUUUUUCUCCUUUUCUGUUCUGAUUGUAUUGUUGAAUGGAUGAAAAUAAAAAAAGAUAUAAUAAGAAA